GGCGGGCCGCUAUGUGUUUUGUGCUGAAUUGACAAUGCAAAUAGUGCUAGACGCCUUUGCUGCAUUCUGGCAACGCAGCCUGCGGAGCUUGGAUCAGAAACCGCUCGAUGUACGACGAAGGCAGCGCUACUGACGCGAGGCGGGUGCGAGGAUGCUGGGCCAAGGCCUUCCGCGCUUCCAGAAUUUAGACCAUAGACCUAGUAGCUUUAGGCCGCCUCCGAAUCAUAAUCUCGGAGGGCGCGACCACGCGCUUGUGGCCCUUGACCAUCUUCGGACUUUCCUCCUCCUCUGCCACUCCUGACCGUUUUGCUGCUUCAAACUAUCGCAGCAGACAUACUGAUAACUAUUAGGCGGACGACGUCGCUGAUACGCGUGGAAUUGAACUGAUUGCGUGCACAACCGUCGGCGACUUUCGAGGGACCCACUUUCGUCCAGCAAUAUCCAGCACUUCCCAUGGGCUGGUAGAAUGGAAUACUUGAUUUUGACACAUCGGCGUGCUUGCCGGGCCAAACGGCCGGCGGUGAGCGCGUUGGUGCUGUUGGCAGUAGUUUUGGGCGUCGCGCACAUCGCGGGCGCCUACCGUCUCAGCACCUUGAACAACGGACUCGAACGGGUGGCUGUUGAAUGUUGCGGCGGCAUUGAGUACGCGGUCCUCGAGGGCGACACUUGCGAUGGCGUCGCUGCACUCUUCGCUGUCGCCAAACGCGACCUGCUGGCUUGGAACGCAGACCUCUCCUGCGACCCAAGCAACGUCGCCCCCGGCACAACACCCCUGACGCCCGGCGCGGCGGUGUGUGUAUCGGCACCGCGGUGGAACUGCCACGGUUCGGGAGAGCCCGCGCCCGCCAGCCGAGCGCCGCCGCCCGUGCAGCUUCCAGCCAUUGACACCGCCGCCGCCGCCGCCGCCGCUGGAGUUGCCGGUGAGGGCGCGGACGACAACCUGUCUGAUCACAACGGCGUCAACGGUGCGGAUGACAACGACGACCUGUAUGACUUCAUGCACGGAUCGGACACUGCCUCCCCCUCCGCCACCCCCUCCACCACCUCUGCCUCCUCCAAAGCCGGCUCGGCGCUCGUCCGCAACGGCGCCCCGGCGCGUGCAAUCGCUGGCAUGAUGGCACGUCGUCAGGUACAAGUCCGCCGCUACCCGCCACCACGCAACUCGCCACCCGUAAGGAAACCGCGCCCGCCCGCCGCACCGCCCAAGCCGCCCAAGCCGCCGCGGCCACCUCCACCCUACCCACCCCCGCCGUCGCCCCCGCCGCCCUACCCGCCGUCACCGCCUCCUCCCCCGCCGCCCCCACCCUCGCCCGCGCCGCCCUACCCGCCCCCGCCCGCUCCUCCCGCCUACCCCUCGCCUCCUGCUCCCGAGGUAGCCGCGCCUCCGCCAUACGAGGAGGAGUUCUACCCGCCCUUCGAAUGGACUGCCCCACCCCCAUCGGAGGAGGGGUCCAACCUGCCACCCCGCCCCAAGCGCCGGCCUCCCUCGCCCAAGCCCCCCCGCAGCCCGCAUGCCCCCAAGGCGCCCGUCUACCCGCCACCCCCACCCCCGCCGUGGGACUCCCCACCAGCGCCGCCCAGCCCGCAGCCGCCCUCUCCCCACCCCUCCCCCCCUCCCUCCCCUCCCCCCGCCCCCUCUCCCCCUCCCGCUCCCCCGCCCUCUCCCUCCCCUCCUCCCGCGCCCCCGCCCAGCCCCUCUCCCCCUCCCGCCCCUCCCACCGAGCCCCGCUCGCCGCGCUCGCCUCGCCGCCCGCGCUCCCCCACCCCGCCCGAGCCUCCCUCCACUCCUCCCUCCCCUCCUUCCUCCCCCUCUCCCUCCCCCUCCACCGCCGCCACCCUCUCCGUCGGCCCCGUCCGCCUCACCACGCCCCUCGGCACCCUGGUCGACCUCGACGGCACAACCUGCUCAGUCUCCUGCGACCCCUGCUUCACCACCGCCUUCCGUGACCGCGUGCUGGCCCUGUCCAACCUGCCACCCGCCUAUCUGGAUCCCCUGGAGUGCCGGCCCGCAGCUGCAUCGCCCGCGCCUUCGCCCGUACCUGGAUCCGGAUCUGGAUCCAGCAGUAAGCUGGCUUCCGCCGGUGGCGCGGCGGAGGCUGCCGGCGUGGCGCUGGGCCGUCGUCACCUGCUCGCAGAGACCACCACCGCCGUCACUUCGGCCGCGACCGCUGCCAAGUCCUGCGACUCUCCCUCGGGCGAGCUAUACCUGCCGCUGCGCCUGCCCACCGACGCCAGCGCCGCCGUUUACGCCUCCAACCUCAUCCUAGCCCUCAACGGCUGGGCCACCGCCGCCGACACAGCCGCUGCCGCCGCCGCCGCCGCCGCCGCCGCCAGCCCAUCUGGCAGCAGCAGCAAGACUGGCGACGGCUCCACACCGUUGCAGUUCUGCGUUCCCACGAUUGAGCAGGUGAUGGGGCUGGGCGAGAGCCCGGCGCCGGGCGGCGGUGACGUGACUGCUGCCCUGACGGCGGCGUGUGCCGGCAAGGCCACUGGAGCCGCUGUGCUCAUUGGCGGCCUCACCUACUACUGUCCGGACAGCUCCCCGCAAACCGAUGGAGGCGGCGGCGGCGGAAAGGUCAGCGGCGCCGCCGCAGCGGCGGGCGGCAGCAGUAAUGGCAAGACACUCGGCAUUGCGGCUGGCGCGGCGGCGAUUGGCCUCGCGGUGGGUGUGGGCAUCGCCGCGUUUGUGUUCAUUCGCCGCAAGCGCGCCAAGAAGGCGGCGGAGGCGGCGGCGGCGGAGCCUGAAGCCCAGGAGGAGAGCAGCCGGCACAGCAGCGCCGCGACCUCGCGCAAGUCUUCGCAAGCCGGCGACGGCGAAGAAGAUGACAAGGAGGAGGAGGGUGCUGACGAGGAUGAAAACGAGGCCGGGAGCCAGGUCAGCAGCCGCAAGCCAUCCACCACCACGCACGCCUCCCGCCCGGCCUCCGCCUCCUCCUCCAAGCGCGGCGCCGCCGACUCGGCGGUCACCUCGCGCACCGGCUCCACCACCGAAAUAACGCCCGCGCCCGCCGCCGCCAAGUCCUCGCCACUCGACGGCAUGCUGCCCAAGCUGCUGCUCGCCAAGCACGCCGCCGGCGCCACCAACCACGGCCGCCGCAAGACGCUCAACCCGCUGCCUGGUGCUAUGGACGCGAGCUCCGCCGGCACCUCCGCCGCCGGCACGCCUGGCGUGAGCCACGGCGGCGCGCCGCCGCCGGAGGCGGCGGCGGCGCAGCCGCCGCCAUUGAUGGCGGAGGUGGCCAUGGUGGCGGGCGCCGCCAGUGGCGCCGAUGAUGACGACAGUGCGGGCUCGGAACCGUCCAGCCCGCGCCGCCGCCAGCCCACGCCGCCAGCGUCGCGGCCGCGCAGCCCCGAGCUCGCCGCCAACCCCUUGCCGCCGCGCCCGGCGUCGCCGCCCUCGCCCGGACCGGAAUCCGAGCCCGAACCCGAACCGGAACCCCAACCCGAGCCGGAACCCGAGCCCGAGCCGGCCGGGUUCAUCCUACGUCUCAAGCCGUUGCGCAUUCCAACGCUCACACGCCACCGCGGAGUCGCCGGUGACAGCCUGGCGCCUGCGGGGCGCGGGCCUCGUGAAGCCAUCACCCUCAACGAGGACGCGGCCGACUCUCGGCCCGACUCGCCCAUCCUCAUCAAGGUGCCCUCCCGGCCGCGCGCCGCCGCCGCGCCCGAGGCGACGCUCAUCGCCGUGGCCGCCGCGAAGAAGCGUGAGGAGGAGGCGAACGCGCGCAAGGGCGCGUCAGGCGAGCCCGCGGGCGGCAGCAGCACGAGCUUGUUUGCACUCGGCGGCGCCGCCUCCAUGGCACCGCCGCCGCGGCCCUCGCACGCCGCCAGCUUUGGCGUCGACAACAACGCGACCUGGGUGUCUGGCAUGCCGCGCCUUAAUAAGGCCACCUCCCUGAACGUGCCAGCCGUCAGCGCCGCCGGAGCCAUGCCCUGGCCCUCGGCCGCCGCCGGCGCCGCCGCCGGCUCCACCUCCACGCCAGGCCAGCUGCCGCCGCUGCGCCGCAUGUUUGACGGGCUCAAAACACACGCCUGGACCUCCCCCUCGGAGGCCCUGCUGGCGAAGCCGUCGUUGCAGGCGGCGGCGUCCGCACCGGCGCCGCCGGCGGCGCUGUCCAGCGCUGAGACGGCGGCGCGCGCGCUGCUGGACUCGGCGCUGGAGGGCCUCGACGGGCGGCCGUCGCUUGGAUCGUCCGCUGGCAGCGGCUCCGGCGGCACUGCCGCCGGCGAGCGCAGCAGCAACACCAGCAGCAGCAGCGGCAGGAACUCUGGAGGCGCGAGCAGCCUGUGGGCGUUCAGCAAGCGCUCGCAGGUGGUUCCGGAGGCGCUGCUGGAGGAGGACGAUGAUGGCGGCGAGGCGGCCGCCUCCCCCUCGCGGCCGUCGCCCAGUGGCGGCGGCCUCGCCGCCAGGCCGGUGGUCACAGACGGCGCGGCGGCGGCGCGCCGCGGCGCCGGCCUGCCGCGCGCAAUGUCCUUCAUGCCCAACCGCGCCUCCGCCGCCGCAGCGGCGGCGGCGCUGGCGUCGACCAGUGGCCGCAGGUCGUCUGGCGGCGGCGGUGGUGGCGGCGGCGCUGUCACUGACGCAGGCGCAGCGGGUGGAGGCGUGGUGGUGCCGCAGGUUGGGACGGCGGAGCGUUCGUCAGCGCCCACGCCGAUGAACAGGGCGGCAGCGGCCGCGGCGGCGGCGGCGGCGCAGACCACCACACCGCCGCCGUGGCGGCCGGGCGGUGGCGGCUGGCUGCGUAACGCGCGCAGCAUGCCGCGUUGAUGCCGCGCUGGUCCGGCUGUUGUUGCUGCGUGCUGAGAUCCUGUCGCUCGCAGCAAGGGGGGGAGCGAGACAGCGCGCGUGAGGCGCGCAUGCAGGUGGCUGAGCGACCCAUUGUUUGCAGGUUGCGUGGCUAAAAGUAUAGAUGGCUUCUUGAAGUAUUUUGCGGGAGCGGGAGCGAUGGCGUGAAGUGGGUUGCACGGAGCCGGAGCCGAUGGGUCGGCCGGGGGAGUUGGGUAUCGGGGGUGCUUUCCUAGCUUAUGCCUUGGCGUGUGCGCGUUGGUUAUACAACACAUUCAUUGAUGGAUCCCUGAUUGCUAUAGCGUUGCUAUGACUACUGCUGGUAACUACACGAUAGUUGCUUUUGAAUGGAAAGCGCAGGAGACGAUGGUUGCUGUGCCGUGCGCCUCUCGCCGGUGUUGCUUGACGAACACCUUCACUUGAAAUAUGGCCCGCCGGGGCAGGGCCCGCCCGUGCGGCGCCGUAUGUUAGCACUGUAGCUGUGGGGUGCCCCUGACGUUGUGCGUGAGCAACGCGAUCCCUUGCCUCGAUUGCCGUCGCAUGUCAUGAAGGGGCCAUUGAAUUGCAGCUUGUGGCCAUUGUGAGUAGUAUGCACUCGAGAGGCUGCGUUUGUUGCACAUAGAGUGCGUGUUUGCGCUGUAAGCGCACUGAGCAAGCGGGACUGUUGCAAGACACGAUCCGAAAGAUUUUUAAGUU